AAUAAAUUAGCCAGUUUUUUGCAAAAUUUUCAAAAACAAAUAUCUAAAAAGAUAAAUAGAUAAAAUUUAAUUUUUUGUUUGGUAGAAAUUACUAUAAUUCUAACAAACUAAAAUAAAAAACAAUUUACAUUUUUUACUUUUAGAUAUAAAAACAAAUCAUAAAUUAAAAGAAAUUUUUCAAGAUAAAGUAAAAACUUUAAAACAAUAUUUUAAAGCCACUCCUAAAUUUUAAAAGAAAUGAAAUUAACUAAAGGUGGGUCGUAUAUACUUAAAAAAGUGGACAGAAAAUAGUUUUAUUAAGAUGAAGAAAUAGUCAUGUAAAUAAAAAAAAUACUUGGUUAAAAAACUACAGAUUGCAAACAAUACAUAAAAUGUGAGUGUAUAGAUGGUUUGGGAGAUGAAGCAUUGAUUUACUUUGAGAUGCUUGCUAAUUAAAAUCAGCAUUUACAAAAAAACGAUGUCAUAAUGAUUUAAGAUUAUUUAAAUGAUAAAACAUAAAACGACAAAAUAGUUGUUUUAGUUACAAGGUUUUAAUUUUGUAAAGCCAGUCAUGUUUAGCCUAAAACCGCCCAAAAAGAAUCCAUAUAACUAUUAAAUACUGAAAAAACAAUAAUUUAAAAGAGUAAAAUUACUAAAAAUCCAGCUGAAGAAGUUUUAAAAUUUAUAGAAGUAAACGAAAAAGAUAAUAGUUCAAACAGUGAAGAUAUGAUAAUUGAAUAGUAGAAAUAAGAAAUUAAGAAUAAUUAAAAAGAAAAACAAAGUAUAAAUGGAUUUAAUUUGGAAGAUAGCUAUUCAAAUAUUUCUGAUAUUACUAAUUUUGGAGGGAAAUCUAAUUUUAAUAUUGGAUCACUUUCUGAUUAACUUAGUAAAUAGACACUGCUAAUUUCUUAGUUGUAAGUAGGUAAAAAUAGAUUUUCUUUUAAGUUCGAAGGAAGAGUUGUAUAUAAAAGUAGUACAUUCCAGAAUUAGCAAGACUCUAAGUAUUUUUUCAUCACAGCAUAAGACGCUAAUAAUUAAGAAAUUAAUUUGUCUUUUUGGCAAAAAGUUGAUUAAAGCUAUUAAACUUUGAAAGUAGGAUAAUAUUAUUACUUUAUAGGAGGAGAAGUUAAAUAGUUCAAAAAUAAUCUAGAAUUAAAAUUUAAGUUUGGAGACUACUAAAUAAUUCCUAAAGAGACUCUUUCUGCGAAUUAUGUAUAACCUUUGGCAUUACAACCUUCAAAAUAAUUUGGAAAUGACUCAAUAGGAGACUCUGAUUAUUCUAUUCAUAAUUUAAUUGAAAAGGAGGAAAGCAUCGCUUAAAAGGGCUAUAAUGGAUAAAAGAAUAAUAAAUAUAGAUAAAAUAACAAUAAUAGCAAGCAUACACUCUUAAUAUCUGAAGUAUUAAAAACUUCUAAAUAAUAUUUAUCAGUAUUAGCAUAAGUUGUUGAUAUUCAAAGUUCAGAUAAAAAUAUAAGAUUAAAAAUAUGUGAUAAUAGCUGUAAUUAAGAACUCAAAGUAGUCAUUUUUCCAGAUUUAUGCUAUGAGUGGAGAGAUAAAUUUAGUAUAAAUAAAUGGUAUUAUUUUAAUGAGUUUGUUAGAUAAAUUUAUAAUGAUGAAGUUUAGUUGAAAAAUAACAUUCAUUCUUCAAUUAAAGAAUCUGAUGAUUAAAGAAAAGUUAUUACUUAUAAUUAAGAAUAGGGUGUUUUUAAAAAAUCAAUCUCAAUUAAUAGCAAUGAUAGUUUUGAAAUUAAGCCUAAAAUUUCAUAUAAAAACAAUUCUAACUAAGAAUAAAGGAUUUAUUCUUCAAUUGAAGAAAUAAUCUAAUAAGCAUAGGCUUCAGAAAUAGGUCAAAAAAAAGAAUUCUAUGUUUAUGGAAACUUAGUUUCAAUAUAGAUGAAAAAUAAGCUUUAUUAUUAUAGGUGUACUUGUUAGGGUAAGUCAGUCUUAAAAUAUCACGGAGAUUCAUUUUUUUGUGAAAGUUGCUAGUAGUUCAUAAAUCCUUAGGUGCAUUUGAUGCUUAGAGCAUUUGUUUAAGAUUCUACAGGGACAAUUCCUGUUAUGAUUUUCGAUCAGCAGUCAAGCCAACUUAUCAACUAAAUUGAUCCAUCAAUUCAUGUCUAAGAAGCAGGUUAAUAUGUUAAAAAUUGUAUUGAAAAUGGAUAAGAAGAAAUUAUAAGAUAGUUAUUUAGUAAAUUAGACUUUGCUAGAUUUAUAUUUGAAAUUUAAUUUGAAAAUAAAGAAUUUAAUAACGAAUAAGAGAUAGCAUACAAAGUAUUAAAAAUUGAAAAAGAAAAUAUUAAAGAAGAAUCUAAAUAUCUACUAAAAAAGUUAGAGCACUUAAUAAACAAUAAUCAAAAUAACUGA